AUGGGAAGAACACGACGAGCCCUGGUCCCAGGGGCCGCAUCUGGACCCAAGGAGCGGCACAAGAGAUCGCAGAGAUCCCAGUAUCGUGAUCCCUACUCGCCGCCUCGUGAUAAUCUUGUCGCCAAGCCGCCGAUACCAAAGUCAAAGCACCACUCUUACUUCGAGCUAGUUGAGAACAAGGAGAAGAAGAAGAAGCUCGAGUAUCAGGUCACAACGGAGAGCACCCCGCCACCGGGAUUCGAAUUUGUCCCCAUCGGCAACCCCGAGCUGACGGCGGCCUGCAAAGAACUAUCCCGCGAGAAAGAUGCCAUGAUCUUCAUUGUUUCGAAUGCCAAAUGUUCUGAUGGAAAUGUUCUUGCCCACCAGAUGCAUCGAAUAGGCCAUCAUAUCAGGCAAGUCAUUGUUGAAGAGGCCAAGGCAAGCCUUGGCGAUAUGCCUCACCGUCUGGGCCCGGUAACAGAUGCAGGCCCUGAGCCCAUCCCCAAGUCCCAAGCGGUUUAUCACGCUCAAGUUGAUGCCGCCAUUAGAGACCUGUUUCCGCGGGUUCCCAAUACUGACCGUCAGAUGAUUAUCGAGCACUCUUUCACUCGGGGAUCAAACGAUCGGUCCGAAAAAAAUCUUGUUGGCUUUUCUCAGGACUUGACCCUUUCUCGCAGGGUUCAGCUGGCCGUUCUUGCCCACAUCAGGCAUGUCCAUACGCGGUAUGACGCGCUGCUGAAGGAGACAACUUGGCAGAACGCUCGCAAAACUGUAGAGUCGCUGUGUCUCGACAUCCUCGUCAAGUGGCGGGGAGAUGAGGAAACCGGCCGCGACCAGCUGGAUGAGAUUCUGCGUGAGGUGGUAGUCAUCUCUGAUUCUGAGGACGAUGACAAUGAGGACGAUGAAGACGAAGACGAGGAGUCGACCGAUUUCACGUCGGAGGAAGAUGCUGCUGACGAUGCCGGGCUCACACCCAUGCCCGAGUAUCAGUCAGCACAGCCGUUGCGUCGUCCCAUGGAUCAGCCAGAUCGCUCCCCUCCCAGGUCGCCCACGCGAGAUUUCGCUCCGGUGUUUUCUUGUCCUCCCAGCGUGGUGGAAUCGAGGCACACGGACCGUUGCCACAGAGAGGAUAGGAGAGCCCAGCGGGGUUUCAGAAGAUACCGCGCGUGGGAAGAGGCGAUCAGACGUAAUCGAGGGGAAACGCCAUUGGUUGAGCGACCCUCCCCGGAUGUCGCUAUUGGUGGUGACGCAUAUCAACCAUCCAAGCCCAAUGGGCCUUCUUAUGACGCUCAUGCCCGGCUGUAUGACAACGCAGGUCCAAUGGUUCAUCCCGGUGGAGCCCCUGGAGCUUCCACAAGCUUGAAUGGCAAUGGGAUUCAGCAGCCAUUCUACGAGGUGUCGUCUUCCCUGGUUUCAUCACCCUACCGUGGUCAACCCCUCGAUGCUCGGACUUCACAUGAAAAGGUAAUGUCUGUCGUUCCAUUCCCCAGCAGCACCUCUUCUCGCGAGCCGGCCUCUUUGGCCUCUGGUCAAUUCCAGGACGUGUUGGUGCGCUCCAUCGAGCCGGCAUCUCCAAGCGUGCAACCCACAUACAUACGCACCUUACCUCCCCGGAGUCAGUUUGCUGUCAGUACUUAUGCACCGCCGGCGACACCAUCAGUCGGCUUUCAACAUGCUGCCAAGCUUGUUCCAUAUCCAGGAGAAGGAAUGCAAUCCAUGGACUUUCCCUUUUCUACACGUGCAACUGCCAGCUCUAUCCGGCCGCAAGCUGCCAUGGACAUCGAUGCUGUUCCCAGUAGAGAAUCCGUCCAUUCGCAUGAUUUUCGGGGUCACAUAUACCCGCCUUCCACUGACUAUGGAGCACAGCCAGCAUCAUCACCGUAUCAUCCGGUAACUGGCAACUCUACCAGGCUUCCGGAGUCACGCAGGAUUGUUCUCAACGCAACCCGUCCCGGAGAGCGGUCAAACCCCAUCCUCAUGGAGGACAGGGGCGGAUACUAUGAAAGGAUCAAUCAUCUACCGGAGCGCAGCUCGCGCAUUCAACUGCGAGCCAGCCACCCGUCCCAGUCACAAGCACAGGCUGAGGCCCAGGGUAUCAACAGAUCUCCCACGACGAUGCUCUCCUGGGGAGAACGCAUGAGGCAGAGAGGCGAACGGCGCGGCGUUGCAGAAAUUGAGAUCGAUGCUCGACUCGACCCCCGCACCCGUCCGCCCAACGCACCACAUGCACCCAUGACUUACCCCUAUCCUUCUCGCAACUACUACGAGGCACCGAGGUUCGGAUCGCUGGAGAGAGAGUCGGACUAUAGAGUUCCACCGGCCCGGCAAGUGCCCGGCGAACAGUAUGCUGCACCACCACCAGAGGGCUAUUGGGUCAUACGACAACAUGGCGACCGGCAAGCCCCGCGACCUCAGCUCGAGCCCGUCUAUCGGCCUGUCAGCUCGCGCGCUGUUGGGGUAGACGAACGAUACGAGGCCAGGCGAGAAACCCGAAACGUCGGUCACCCAACGUCGAACGUAAUUGUUAUCGACUAGAUCAUGUUGGUUUUACCUGGUCUUGGACGGCAUGUCAGCUUGCCCUCUGUUCUUUGUUUCUUCAUUGUAUGAACUUUCGAGCACCGAGCAUUGCACAGCAUCUAAUGACGAAGAGCCUGCUCAGAGAGAGAAAGUCAUGCUCUCUUGUUUUCUUUUCGUUCCUUUCCCGCAUUCGGGAUAGGAGAUGAAGGGGCAUGGUAAGGAGGGAUUCUGUUUGAUGGAAAUUAUGUUAUUAUACCCCAACGCUGUCCUACGGCCGGAUUUGGCCACGGAGAAGCACCGCGUUAGAUACCCAAAGGGAGGGAGACUUAUUCCGUGUAUUCUGUCAUUG